GGGGUUCGGCGGGGCAUUUAGGGCACAGGCUCUGUAGGCACCUGCAGAAAUACGGUGUCUCCCACACCACCGUGGCGCUGGUCAUCUAUCCAGAGGCCACUGGUCUGGGCAAAUGGCAUUCAGGUGCUGAUGAGGACACACACACAGUCAGGACAGACGGACGAGGGCCGCCAGGAUGGAAGGGGGCGGUGCAAGUGUCCGUUCUGAAGGGAGCAGGGGACGGCACUCUCCUCACUGGGACAUCAGAGGAUGGAGCCAGCGUGGCUGUGGCUGUGGCUGCUGGGAGCAGGGAUCCUGGCCUCUGCCCAUGGAGACAAGAGCCCGGGGUUGCCUCAAGCCCCCAGGGGUCGGCUCCCAGAGCCAGCGCCCGCCUACCGCCAAGUCACACCCACCAUCACCAGCUUUGCUUUGCGCGUGUACAAGCAGCUGGCAGCGGAAACCCCAGGAAACAUCCUCUUCUCCCCGGUGAGCAUCGCCAGCACCCUGGCCCUGCUCUCUCUCGGGGCCCGAGCCGACACCUCGACCCACAUCCUGCAGGGCCUGGGCUUUAACCUCACGGGGACCCCGCAGGCCAGCAUCCACCGCGGCUUCCAGAGCCUCCUCCGCGCCCUUGACCUGCCCAGUCCCAAACUGGAGCUGAAAGCAGGCCACUCCCUGUUCCUGGACAAGCAGCUGAAGCCGCGUCAGCGCUUUCUGGACGACAUCAGGGAGCUGUAUGGAGCCUUGGCUUUCUCUGUUAACCUCACGGAUUCUGCCACCGCCUGGAGGCAGAUGAAUGACUACGUGAGGAAGCAAACGUACGGGCAGGUGGUGGACGGCCUGCAGGAGUUCAGCGAGGACACGCCCAUGGUUCUCCUGAACUACAUCUUCUUCAAAGGAGGAAGGCUGGGUGAGAGGACUUGGGAGAUUUAUGCCAAGUGGAAGCAUCCUUUCCAGCGCUACCAGACCCCGAAGCAAGAGAGCUUCUUCGUGAACGAGAGGACCUCCCUCCACAUCCCCAUGAUGCACCAGAAGGAAAUGCACAGGUUCCUGUACGACCAGGAGCGGGCCUGCACGGUGCUGCAGAUCGAGUACAGCGGCAACGCGCUGGCCCUGCUCAUCCUCCCGGACCCGGGGCAAAUGCAGCAGGUGGAGGCGGCUCUGCAGCCUGAGACCCUGCGGACAUGGAGCCAGCUGCUCCUGCCCAGCGUGCUGGACUUGCACUUGCCAAGGUUUGCCAUUUCUGGAGCAUAUAACCUGGAAGAGAUACUUCCCCACAUCGGGCUCAGCAACAUUUUCAACUUAGGAGCCGACUUGCUGGGAGCCCCUGGGCGGCUGAAUGGAACCAUCUUCCGGGUGUCGCACAAGGCAGCCAUCAACAUGAGUGAGCGGGGAACCAAGGCUGGGGCUGCCUCCGGCCUCCUCUCCCAACCCCGACCUCUGAACGUGACAUGGGCCCCCCACGCCCAUUUCAACAGGCCUUUCCUGGUGCUUGUCUGGGAGGUGACCACCCAGAGCUUACUCCUCCUGGGAAAGGUCGCCAACCCAGCUGCAGGCUGACGCCAGGGAGGCAGGAGGGUCCUGUCGCCCCUGCAAACCCGCAGGCAGGCCUCAGCCACCCGCAGGCUGAUGGGAGGAAUGUUCAUCCGUGUGCAGAGGCCCGAAUAAAGUUGCCUUGGGUGUUGUGAGCACUGAGAGCAAUGCUCACAAGGA